UUAACUAUAAAUAUAGAAAUCAAUUUAAAUUUUAAUAGGAAUUAGCAGAUUUACAAAAGUCUGGAAUGAAAACAUUUACUAAUAUAGAGCCCGAAGAUGAUAAUAUUCUUGUUUGGCAAGGAUUAGUUGUACCUGAUGAACCUCCAUAUAAUAAAGGAGCAUUUCGCAUUGAAAUAUCUUUUCCUGCAGAAUACCCUUUCAAACCUCCGAAAAUUACUUUUCUAACACAGAUAUAUCAUCCAAAUAUUGACGAAAAUGGACAAGUUUGCCUACCUAUUAUUAGCCCCGAACAUUGGAAACCUGCAACUAGAACUGAUCAAGUGAUUUAUUCUUUAUUGCAACUUAUCAACGAGCCUGAACCGGAACAUCCGUUAAGAGCCGAUCUGGCCGAAGAAUAUAAUCAAAACAAAGAUAUAUUUCUAGAACAUGCUGAAGAAUUUACUGAAAAAUUUUCAGAACCAAGGCCAUUUCAGGAAUUAACUGAUUUACAAAACUCUGGAAUGAAAACUUUUACCAAUAUCGAACCCGAUGAUGAUAAUAUUCUUGUUUGGCAAGGAUUAAUCGUACCUGAUCAACCUCCUUAUAAUAAAGGAGCGUUUCGAAUUGAAAUAUCUUUUCCUGCAGAAUAUCCUUUUAAACCUCCAAAAAUUACUUUUUUAACACAAAUUUAUCAUCCAAAUAUUGAUGAAAAUGGGCAAGUUUGCCUACCUAUUAUUAGCCCCGAACAUUGGAAACCUGCAACCAGAACUGAUCAAGUGAUUUAUUCGUUGUUGCAACUGAUUGAUGAGCCUGAACCAGAACAUCCAUUAAGGGCUGAUCUAGCCGAAGAAUAUAUUCAAAAUAAAAACAAAUUUCUAAAACAUGCUGAAGAAUUCACGGAAAAAUCUUCGGAGCCGAGGCCAACUGAUUAA